AUGGAGAUCCGACCGACAGCACGGAGCCGCGGAGCCGCCGGGCGGGUCGCACUGUUGGUUGAGCUGUUGGCCGUGCUGCCGCCGCUGUGCUGCCGGGCGGCGCCGGAGCGGCUCCGCUACGCGAUCCCCGAGGAGCUGAGCAGGGGCUCGCUGGUGGGGCCGCUGGCGCGGGACGUGGGGCUGAGCCCGGCCGAGAUGCCGGUACGCCGGCUGCGGAUUGUUUCCGGUGAUGAAAAGCAAUACUUCUCUCUGGGGGCAGAUAAUGGAAAUCUACUUGUAAACGAGAGGAUAGACCGAGAGGGCAUCUGCGGGGACGUGUCGCCUUGUGUCCUAAGUUUGGAAGUUGUCGUGGAAAACCUUUUCAAUAUAUAUCAUGUGAGCGUUGCUAUCCAGGAUAUCAAUGACAAUGCACCGCACUUUGACAGAGAAUUUGUUGCCAUAGAAAUGAUCGAGUCCACUCCUCCCGGGACCAGGUUCCCACUGGACAGUAGCAGAGACCCCGACAUUGGGGCGAACUCAUUGCAAAACUACCAACUUACCCCCAGUCCGCUCUUCUCCCUUGUAGUGAAGGAGAGUCCCGAUGGAAGGAAACAUGCGGAAUUGCUACUGGAGAAAAAUUUAGAUCGAGAAAAACAGAGAAAUCACCAGUUGAUACUGACGGCGGUGGACGGCGGGGAUCCAGUCCGAUCUGGGACAGCUCAGAUUAAGAUUGAUGUGACCGACGCAAAUGACAAUCCGCCGCUGUUCACCAAAGAGAUCUACAAGAUUCGACUGCUGGAAAAUCUGCCAGAGGGCUCCUUAGCUUUUCAGGUGAAAGCCACUGACAGCGACGAAGGUACAAAUGCAGACAUUACCUAUUGCUUCAGUCACAUCGCAAACAGUGCUCGCCAGACCUUCAGUCUGGACCCCAAGACAGGGGACGUGAAGAUUACUGGUCCCUUAGAUUACGAAGACGUGAAAUAUUAUGAAGCGACUGUUGAAGGCAAGGACGGGGGCGGGCUGAGUGCGCACGCCAAAGUCCACAUAGACAUUAUAGACGUGAACGACAACGCUCCAAGCCUUACCCUCCUUCCUAUCUUGAACCCGGUACCCGAAGACUCGGUCCCGAGCACAGUUAUAGCUGUGAUCAAUGUUCGUGACAGAGACUCUGGAGACAACGGAGAAGUGACCUGCAAUAUCGACGGUGAUUUGCCUUUCAGACUAGCAGAGUCAUCAGAGAACACCUACAAACUCGUAAUUGAGAGUAGCUUAGACAGAGAAAAAAUCUCUGCUUACAACAUCACAAUCACUGCCAGAGACCACGGCAGCCCGGCGCUGUCGAGCCGCGCGGCGCUGGCGUUGGAGGUGUCGGACGUGAACGACAACGCGCCGGUGUUCGAGGAGGCCGCCUACAGCGCCUACGUGGCGGAGAACAACGAGGCGGGCGCGCCGGUGCUGCGGGUGCACGCGCGGGACGCGGACGCUGGUGCCAACGGGCGCGUGAGCUACUGGCUGGCGGGCGAGGGCGCGGCGGCGCCGUACGUGUCGGUGGAGGCGCGGAGCGGCGCGGUGUACGCGCAGCGCUCCUUCGACUACGAGCAGUGCCGCGAGUUCGCAGUGGCGGUGCGGGCGCAGGACGGCGGGGCGCCGGCGCGCAGCGCGACGGCGACGGUGCGCGUCUUCGUGCUGGACCGCAACGACAACGCGCCGCGGGUGCUGUGGCCGGCGGCGGCGAGCGGGGCGGCGAGCGGCGGCGCGGGCGCGGUGCCGUUCGAGGUGGUGCCGCGCUCGGCCGAGGCCGGCUACCUGGUGGCUAAGGUGGUGGCGGUGGACGCGGACGCGGGGCGCAACGCGUGGCUGUCCUACGAGCUGGUGCAGGCGCUGGAGCCGGGGCUCUUCCGCGUGGGGCUGCACAGCGGCGAGGUGCGCACGGCGCGGGCCGUGUCGGAGCGGGACGCGGCGAAGCAGCGGCUGGUGGCCGUGGUGAAGGACCACGGGCAGCCAGCGCUGUCGGCCACGGCCACGUUGCACGUGGUGUUGGCCGAGAGCUUGCAGGAGGCGCUGCCGGAGCUGAGCGAGCAGCCAGCAGCAGCCGCCUCGCCGGCGGAGCUGCAAUUCUCCCUGGUGCUGGCGCUGGCGCUGCUCUCCGCCUUGUUCCUGCUGAGCGUAGCGCUGGCCGUUCUGUCGCGGCUGCGCCGGGCCGGGCCUCCGGCCGUCCUGCGCUGCCUGGACGCGCAGCGCUUCUCGUCGGCCGGCCCUGCAGUGCCGGCCGACUUCUGCGAGGGCACUUUGCCCUCCUCCUACAACCUGCGCGUGGCGCCGGGCCGUGCCGUCGCCGAGGGCGCGUGGCUGCUGCCUCCCGCCCGGCUACCCAGCCUGGCCGCCGAGGACCUUCUGAGCGGGGAGCCCUCCGGGAAGCCGAGCCCGAGCAGCAGCGCCGGCCCGGGAGAACCGUCUGACGACCCCGGCGCCCCACAGGUCUGUAAGCCUACUGCAUCUUCUGAGCCUUUGUUAACUUCACACGAAUGUACUCGUUUUUGA